UCGGGAAGUAGCGUCCCGUCUCAACUCACAGUUCACGAGAAACAGAGAUGGUGGUGAAGGGGAAAUAACGCUCCGUAAACAAUGAAGCCGAACCGACGGUUCAUGACGCGGCGCUUCUUCUAAAAUAACGCAUUCUGAACGAGCUCGACGUUGACGUGUUCUUGUCCAACAUGCCUAGAAAAGCAGGUUGUUUCAAGCCAGGAAAGAUCCCAGGUCCAAAUGAGACCCCUCAGUCUCAUGGCAUCCAUGUCUACCUUUUCUGGACUAAAAGUGGGGAGAGGUAUCUGUCUCAUACCAGUGGAGAUGUCACAGCAGAGGGCCUGUGCAUCUCAGCUGCAGAAGCUGUAGGGAUAACACCACUGUGUCAUGUCUUAUUCGCGUUGUACAACCCAAAAACAAAAUACUGGUACAGUCCGAAUCAUGUUUUCAGUCCAGAUGAAAACUCCAGUGAAGUGGUUCACUACUGCAUGAGGUUUUACUUUCGCAAUUGGCACGGACUCAAUGAAAAGGAGCCAAGUGUGUCCCGCCACAUCCUCAAAUCUGGGACAGAUAAUAACACAGGUUCCCCUCUUCUUGACAUUACAUCUUUGGAGUAUCUGUUUGCCCAGGCCAAGCAUGAAUUUGUGAAUAAUGUGGAAGAGCCAAAGUCUGAUGAGGAAAGCAAUCGUUUCAAAAACGAGAGCUUGGGUAUGGCUGUGCUCCACCUGUCACACCUCGCAAUGCAAAAGGGGUUGAACUUACAGGACGUGGCUGGAAAAAUUGGCUUUCAGAACUGCAUUCCAAGAACAUUUGCGGAGAACAUUUCCAGAGACAACUUCCUGACUAAAAUCAGGAUCCGCCGUGUGUUUACUGAAUUUGUGCAAACCUUCCAGCAGCACACUGUAGACAAGGGGCAGCUGGGUGCCCAUGAAAUCAUGUACAAAUACAUCUCCACCCUUGAAAACCUGGUUCCAGGUUUCGGAACAGAGACUUUCUCUGUAACUCGCCUGCAGCUGACGGAGGACGGGGAUGAAAGCAUCUCCUACUCCAUCAACGAAAGCGAUGGUGAUUCAAAGAAGGGCUUCAGAGCGCCGUUCACCCAUGAAAUUAUGGUGUCUGGCACUAAGGGGAUUCAGUUUAGAACGCUGAAAACUCAAAAGGCAGAGGAAAACUCUUACCACAGGGGCAGCUAUGUGAACGAGAAAACACCAAAACAGGCCACGUCAAAUCCUCCUGAUAAAUGGACCUUCUUCUGUGAUUUCCGCGAAAUAAUUCACAUCGCCAUUACUGAAGCUAAUGUGUGCAUUAGCACUCAGAACAGUCGCUGCAUGGAGGUACAGAUGAACUCCAGCCAGGAGGCCCGUUCCUUCAUCUCCCUGCUAGAUGGAUACUAUCGGCUGACUGCAGACGCCCACCACUAUCUUUGUCAUGAAGUGGCUCCCCCAAGGGUGGUGUUGAGUGAAGCAAAUAUGUUGCACGGACCUAUGCAUGAGGACUUUGUGUUACACAAGCUGAAAAGGGAGGCAGGAGAGGACGGAGCCUUCCUCGUCCGCUGGAGUGCCCUCGACUAUCACCGCAUCAUCCUUGCUGUGCUAAACAAAAACGAGAAUGGUUCAAGCCACAAGCAGUUUUGCAUCCAGCAGAAGGGCUCGGUGUUCUGCAUGGAAGGCUGGGAUAAAGAGUUCUCCAGCGUGAAGGAGCUCACAGAUAACCUCAAAACCUACGUGCUCAGGUCCGGGUCGGACAACUUUACCGUCAGGAAAUGCUGUUUACCGAGACAAGCGGAAAUAUCCAAUCUGCUGGUGAAGAGGCAAGGCAUUGACAAACUCAGCUACUCUGACUGCUUGCCUCUGAACCUGACAGAGCUUCGCUUUCACCAGAUCAAAGACAAGGAGAUAAAACAGGAACAUCAUUUGGGCCGCGGCACAAGAACUAACAUUUACUCAGGACAGUUAAUGUUGCGGGAAGCAGACAAUGGGUUUAACAACAACUUCUCCCAAAACAAAGGCAUCAGAGUGGUUCUCAAAAUCCUAGAGGAAAGCCAUAAAGAUAUUGCUCUAGCCUUUUUUGAAACAGCAAGCCUCAUGAGCCAGGUAUCCCACAGUCACCUGGUGUUUGUGCACGGUGUGUCUGUCAAAGGAUCUGAAAACAUCAUGGUGGAGGAAUACCUGGAGUGCGGCCCACUUGAUGUUUUUCUCCGCAGAGAACAAAAUUCCAUCACUGCUCAGUGGAAAUUCGUUGUAUCCCUGCAGCUUGCAAGGGCUCUCAAUUAUCUUGAGACAAAACGACUUGUUCAUGGAAAUGUUUGUGCCAAGAAUGUUCUGGUUGCACGGGGAGGUUUGGAACCUGGAACUUCUCCUUUCAUCAAGCUGAGUGAUCCUGGAAUUGCACUGAAUGUUCUCUCACGAGAAGAACGUUUGGAUCGGAUACCCUGGAUCGCUCCAGAGUGCAUUGACAGUGGCGCUCCUAUUGAGAGUACUGCAGAUCAGUGGAGUUUUGGCGUCACGCUGCUUGAAAUCUUCAACAAUGCUAAUCUUCCGAUGAGCAGCUGCACUUUGCCUGAGAAAGAGCGUUUUUACCAGACGAAGGGCCGUCUGGCAAAUCCAUCCUCCGAGGAACUGGCCAGGUUCAUCAGCAUGUGUUUGACAUAUGAGCCAAAUGAGAGGCCCACAUUUCAAACCAUCCUCAGAGAACUCACAAAACUCAUUCAGAUGAAUCCUGAUAUAUCCCCGGUUGACACUCUCCCACCCAUGGACCCCAGCGUGUUCCAAAAGCGCUACCUGAGGAAGAUGAGAGACUUGGGGGAGGGACAUUUUGGUAAAGUCACUCUGUACCAGUAUGACCCGUCCAGCGACGGGACAGGAGAGUUUGUGGCAGUAAAAUCGUUGAAGCAAGAGAACGGAAAUGCACCUCAGGGCUGGAUGAAGGAAAUUGAAAUCCUGAAGUCUCUCUAUCAUUCCAACAUUGUGAAGUACAAGGGCUUAUGCACUGAAGCCGGACGACAAGAGGUCCAGCUCAUAAUGGAAUACGUUCCUCUGGGGAGUCUGCGAGAGUAUCUUCCCAAAAAUAAAACCAGUUCGAUCCAGUGCCUCUUAUUUGCUCAGCAGAUCUGUCAGGGGAUGGACUACUUGCACUCAAAGCGCUAUGUGCAUCGAGAUCUUGCUGCUCGAAAUGUUUUGGUGGAAAACAAAAACGUUGUAAAGAUCGGAGACUUCGGCCUGACAAAGUACAUCCCAGAAGGAGAAAUCUACUAUCGGGUUCGUGAGGAUGGAGACAGUCCUGUCUACUGGUAUGCCAUCGAGUGCUUGAAGGAGCUCAAAUUCUCAUUUGCCUCUGACGUCUGGUCGUUUGGAGUUACACUGUAUGAGAUCCUGACGCGCUGUGACCAUCGCCAGAGUCCUCCAGCUAAGUUCAUUGAAAUGACAGAAGAUAAGGAAGAACACAUGAACGUGGUGAAACUCAUUAAACUGCUGGAGAGAAAUCAAAGGUUGCCUUGUCCCAGCGAUUGCCCACAUGAGGUGAAGCUGUUGAUGGAUCAGUGUUGGGAUGCAAAUCCUGAAAAUCGGCCUACAUUCAGCAACCUCAUCGAAAGGUUCGAGUCAGCACGAAAGAUGCUUGACUGGUCGUUCAGUCCCAUGUCUCAGAUUUGCUGAGUGGAGUCAGUGAAGAUCCAUCAGAUUAGUUGGUGAUGCUCAAAGUGUAGCCAUAUCUCUCACUUAAAGUGUAUAGUUCUUGAUUCAUCUAUUUAUAAAGAUGUCUUCCUAUGUUUAAAAAUUUAAAGUGCACACAUAUGCUCUGAUGUCUGUAGGCAAGGUGAUACAGAACAGUCUUUUGUCCUCGCAUAGUUAAGCAUCAUGCUAAAAGCGGAGGCUUUGAGUGGUUAAAAUAAAUAUCUUGCUGUAGCUAUGCAGGCUUUCAUUCAUCAGGAAGUUGGUAUUUCUGUGUUUCGUUUUUAUUCUCUGUACAUGUUUAAGUGUUUGUUCAUUUGCAUAUUGCAUAUUUUGUAAAAAAAUAACUAGAAAUCAAGUAAAUCCUUUUCAAUCUUUGCUUUUAUUAAAGCUGAAAUAUAUUAACA